GGUGACAAGAUGGCGGCCCCCUAGAGCGCGCAGCGAGCGUCGCGCCUGGUGAAGUGGUGCGAGUUAAGAUUCUUGCCACAAAACAAGAUCCGGGCUGAAGAGGGCCUGUGGGAAGAGGCAGGCGCCAUGGUGACCACGCAGGAGGUAGAUGCGAUUGGCCAGAGGCUGGUGGACCCCUUGCAGCCCCUGCAGGCCCGUUUCCGGGCACUCUUCACUUUGCGAGGGCUUGGGGGCCCAAGUGCCAUCGCCUGGAUCAGCCGCGCCUUCAAGGACGAUUCUGCCCUGCUCAAGCAUGAGCUUGCCUACUGCUUGGGCCAGAUGCAGGACGCCCGCGCCAUCCCUGUGCUGGUGGAUGUACUGCGUGACACCCACCAGGAGCCCAUGGUGCGCCAUGAGGCAGGGGAGGCUCUGGGUGCCAUCGGGAACCCGGAAGUCUUGGAACUCUUGAAACAAUAUUCCACUGACCCUGUGGUUGAGGUGGCGGAGACGUGCCAGCUGGCCGUGCGGCGGCUGGAGUGGCUGCAGCAGCACCCCGCGGAGCUGGUGGCCUCUGGGCCCUACCUCUCGGUGGACCCCGCGCCCCCUGCGGAGGAGCGGGACGUGGGGCGCCUGCGGGAGGCACUGCUGGACGAGGCCCGGCCGCUCUUCGACCGUUACCGCGCCAUGUUCGCCCUGCGCAACGCGGGCGGCGAGGAGGCCGCGCUGGCGCUGGCCGAGGGCCUGCGCUGCGGCAGCGCGCUGUUCCGGCACGAGGUGGGCUACGUCCUGGGGCAGCUGCAGCACGAGGCGGCCGUGCCCGGCCUGGCCGCUGCGCUGGCCCACCGCUCCGAGAGUCCCAUGGUGCGGCACGAGUGCGCCGAGGCCCUGGGCGCCAUCGCCCGCCCCGCCUGCCUGGCCGCGCUGCGGGCCCACGCGGCUGAUCCCGAGCGCGUGGUGCGGGAGAGCUGCGAGGUGGCGCUGGACAUGUACGAGCACGAGAGCACGGCUGCCUUCCAGUACGCCGACGGCCUGGAGUGCCUGCGCGUGCCACCUUAACCUGCCCCGCCCCGGCCCUGCCCCGGGCCUCCCGCUGCGGCCACCACGCCCCGGCCCCAGCUCCUGUCAGGUCACCACCCAUGCCGCGCCCACCACACAGGGGCACCCCUGCUCUGGCCCCGCCCCCGCGCUCCACGGCCACGCCCCAGGUCCCCAUCAGAUCACGCCCCCCUUAAUCCCCAUGCACCCUGAGCUCCAACUGGCAUCAGCUGCAGACCUGGGCCAGUCUGGAAAGGGCUCAGGGUGGGACUUCAUGGGAUUGAGGGUUUUGAGGGGACCCAGAGUUAGGGCUGGGGUUCUUGAAAAGGGCCGCGGUGAGAGUGACCCCAGUUUCACCAGGACCGAGGGGCAGAGUCUGCCAGCCUCUGACCCCACCCCUAUCCCCAGUGGGCUGGGCAAAGCAGACCCCAGGACCUGUCCCAAUGGAAUAUUAAAUUAUUUUUGCCAAGUGUG